AUGGCGUUCCAACAAUCCGCUGCUCCACGUCCUAUUGUCAUCAACAAUACCCCUCGAUCUCAAGAUGCCAUAUCUCAAAUUCACCAAAGACCAGCCAUAGAGGAUUCGCAAGAGUGGAUUCUCUUCACUCCUUCCACUGCAGACUCAACCAUCACUCGGACACAUACUACUCAUACUAUUGGGGCUUCGAGGAUUAGCGAUGUAUCAUUAAAUACUGCAGCAAGAUCAUCUUCGAUCCUUGACGAAGAUGCUACGGAGGACGGUGACCUUGACAGUCUCGAUGAUGGGUUACAUGCCUUCAGAGAGCCUCCCUUAUAUCCCUCACUUUCCAACCAGACUCAGAACCCACUCCUACCGGCCCACGAUGGUCUAGGGACUUUUCAGGCUUCGAGUCCGCCCGUUUUGGAACAGUUAUGGCAGCAUGAACAAUACAACCCCAAGAGAAAACAUGAUGGGCAGCAUCGAAGGCCGUCAAGCAUUCAAAGACGGCUUGACACCAUUGAUGAAAUGGAAGCUCAAGCGAAUGAAGAAAAACGUAUGCGAAUAGAGAAGUGGCGUAUGGAACAAAGUCAGGCUUUGAUAGAGGAAGUGGAGCGAGAAACUCGGAGACGACUACGGCGGGGUUCACGCCUGUCCUCAUUUCAAGAUACGAUGCUCUCCGUCAAUGACGAUGUACUCGGAUCCACGCCCAAGCAAAGUGACUAUCUCCCUGAGACUGCACCAGACGCUGAAGAAUCGGAACCUUUUUGGCGGAGGAUCACUAAGAGGUUUAUUCGCGAUGUCAUCGGCAUCGACGAGCCACUGUUAUCAGUCAUCUUUGGCGAAAGUCUUCCAGACGAGGCAGAAAGCUUACCGCUCUCUGCCAGUGGUCAAUUGCCAACAAUUCCAGAGCAAUCAUCAGACCUUCAAGCUGCGGGUGAUGCUUGGAGAGAUCGCCUUCUCCAACGAAUAGCACGCGAACUGGGUGUCUUUGUCCAUCAGCUAUCUCCACACCCCGGUGCAUUUGGCACUUACUCUAGUAGUCCCGAUUAUGCGGGCAUGCCGGUUUCAAUGCCUCUACCGAAAUCCACAGAGACCACCAGUGUUCCUAUGGCUCAGGUUCAUAUGAAGGACACGACGACGUCAACGUUAUCUCCCAACUUUCCCCCGACAUUGCGAGAUCGUGCCCAUGCUGAGAGUUGGGGUUUUGAAGAGGAACCAACAGCCUCGUCUUCAUCAGCAUUGGACUCAUCACGACAUCUUCAGAGGGAACGGGAGUACUGGGAAAGGGAAUUAGACUUGAAGAUGGUCUUCCGAUACCUGCGCGACCGAUUUGCCACCAGAGCCCCAGGUGUGUCUUUACCGCAAGUGACCAGACAGCCGGUGGAAGAUGCCGCGACCCGCGCUGCAAUUAUACGGCAGCAUCACCCGCUCGUAGCUAGAGCGCAUCAGUCUCCUGUAAGGGCGAGGAGGGAUUCACGAACAAGUCUCCGAAGGCCACAAAGUAGCUGUGCAAGCGAAAGUGUACGAAGCAGCAGGAAAGCAUCGAUAGCAAGGAGCGGAUCAAGUCGGAAUUUCUGGGACAUUGGAGGAAGCAUUGGGAGUGGGACCAGUCUUGUGGCAAGCGGUGGCGCUUGGGGUGAGGUGUAA